AUGGCACUGUCGGUUUCAGGUUUUCCUGAACCACCGCGUCCGCCGGCGAACUCGAAUGAGGUUUUCACGGGAGAGAGCGGGCAGGAUGGUCCCAACAAGGCCGGGCUCAUGAACAGUCCACGUCUGCGCGGGCUUUUUGGCGGAGGUAGCACGCCCAGCAAGCGACCAGAAUCGAAGCACCCAACCCCAGCGAGUAAAUCCGACGUAGACGUGGAAGCUUUCCAGACCACGACCCCUGCCGUUACACCACCCACCACGCCCUCUAUAUCUUUCGCCACAACUGCAUUCCCACCUGUACCACAGGAAGAGUACGAAUUGGGGCUCCAACUGCCGAUGACAGUUCCGCUGGAUCCACCUUCAGUUCAUACCGGAAAGCGUGCCCAGCUGCCUCCUUUACCGCGGAAGACCACAGCUUCCCCCGUGCGUUUGGGCCCGAGUCUAACACGGCUGGAUAUUGGAGCAGGAUUACGCUCCACACCGACAACUCAUCCACACUCCAAGCCUCCACCACCAUCUGUCGUUGUCGAGGAAUGGGGAGUCAGCAUGUCUUCAGGAGCACCGCGACCGCUACCUUCAGUUCCAGGGAUAGCACCAGAACAGAUGAAAUCUUCGUCUUCUCCGCCCUCGUCGAGCAUUGCUGGUCCGUCAAGACCGACGAAAGUUGCCUCACCCGUUGCAGGACCCUCGCGGCAUGCCAAUGCAAUCGCAGGCCCAUCGAAACACGCUAAUGCCGUCGCCGGCCCGUCGAAAUACCCGAGUGACCUUUCAAGCCCCUCUUCGUCUUCGCCAUUGUCCUCGAUCUCCGCAGGGGAGUCUCCAUCGUCCAAGAUUUUGAUCACGGAACCAACGCCUGCGCGAACACACAAGCAAAAUGCCCCGUCGCUGUCCAUGCGGUUCCAACCGCUUGUGGUAGACCCCUCUGGUUCGCCAUCAGCGGAUCCAUCUUCUCCAGCCAAUGCUUCACUGAAUACGACGGUUUUGAGCCCCGUUCGGCCCCUGCCUCGUGUUCCACCUGUUACCACCGCGCCUCCGACGACAAUUCGUAUAGCGGCUCCAGUCCCCACUCGAUAUCUUCCUCCCCCUGCCAAAGUCAAGCGGCCGAAGACGAGCCCGAGUUCCAUUAAUGGAUUCGCUCCUCCUGUCCUUACCGCCAACGUUCGUGCAGCUUUUACCACCAUCCCGAACUCUUGGGCCUCAAGACCCGUCGAUCUGAAUGCCCAGCGUCCUACCAGUCCGUCGGUACGACCUCCGGUCUUGAAAUACCCUCGAGCUCGAUCACACUCUCGUCCAAGAAGGGAUAGGUCAUUGGACUCUAUCUAUGCGCGGACGACAUCUCCUAUUCGUGCGCCAUCACCUGCCACUAUGAGCACACCGACUCACGGCACCCGAGCCAUCCGGACGUUACCAUCGCCGACUCUUCUUGGAGCUAGGCCUUUACCCAGAAAGUCGCCGACCGUCGAUAGCAUACCCAAAAAACUACCAACUAUCAGGACUUCAAGCAUCAAGCCCGCUAUGACAGCAAGAAGUGCUCCAAUACUCAGCCCUGGAGCAAGAAGACCUCCGCCUUCGCCACCUACAGGCCCAGUGCCUAGAGUCAAGUCUCCUACGACGUAUUCACCCGGUUCUCGCCCUCAUACGCCCUCUACGGACACCUCGCGACGGGUUCAGCAGGUGCCGAUACCGUUACCUCCACCACCACUUCCUCCGAUCGUGACGGAUGCCCGGUCAAUGCCCAAGGAUGACGCUGUGUCAAUAGAUACACUGAUGCACCGUCACCCAACGGAUGCCUUCGCCGACAGCGAGUCUCUUCUCCACCCUAAACCCUCGCCUAUCGAACCCAACACCACCGAAUCACCUGUAGAAGUUUUCUUGGAUAAUCAAGACUAUUCUACACUCUCUCGAAGUCCAUCACCUAUCCGUUAUGCUCGACCUGACUCUCGUGGGAACCUCAGCGAUUCAACGGACGACGAGGCGCUGCCCAGUGAUUCAGAAUCAUCGUCUUCCAGGGGCAGUUCACGUGCAAGGAGGCGGAGAACACAGCUGAGGGCGUAUAGGAAGAGCUAUCGACCGCAACCAGGCAGCUCGCCGCCACACAUUCCAUUCAGAUCACCUUCGCCUCCUCCGCAACGAUCAAUAGAGUCGGAAAAGGAGAAGGAAGAAAAGAAAGAGAAGAAGGCAAAGAAGAAGCCGGGGCGAUCGUACUUUGGUGGUGGGGAUUCGAGAACGUCUGUGACGGGGUCAGCACCUCCCACACGCGCCUCGUCUCCAGAGCGCAAGUCUCGCUCGCGACAACCAAGGCGGCUGGCGGAGGCGAUGUCGAUAGCGUUGGGAGGUGCGCGAUCCUCUGCCUCUGCCGGUGCUGCCGCUGGAGGCGAAGUUGCAUUUCCUGUCGAGAUGGAAGUGCUGGACAUUAGUUUGCCUGCAGAGGGCAGCUCCAUGUCGGGGUCGAGCAGCAACGUCGCGAGCGUCGAGGAGGCACCGUUCAUGUGGGUGUCGUCGAGCAAGCCGCUUGUACCACCUGCUCCGGUUAUGCCGGAAUCUCUGCCUCAUCGGCGGGUGAACUCUCUCGGGUUCGGAGGCGGUGGCGAGCAAGGGCAUGGAGCCGCCUGUGGACUGCGACCACUGACGACCACGAUUACAUCGACAGUGUCCGUGACUGGAUCGCGCCCGCCAUCGACUCUCUCGACGCCUUUCUCCGCCUUUUCACGCAGCAGCAAGAAGAAGAGAACGAAUUCAGUCCCGAUGACGAAUGAAUUUUCGUAUGAGCAGAUGGGUGGAGAACAAGGCGCGAAACAUAGCGAGAGCCCGGACGAGGCUGUUGUGGUUACGACGCGGAGGAUUGUACGCGGAGUCGAUUAUGUGGGCGACGUCUGGGAGCAGGAGAAGGAGACGGCGGUCUCAGAGGUGAUACCCCAUCUUAGGACGCUGAAGGCGCACAAGGGCUAG